GACUUUAGGUAGAGUUGUGAACUUUUCUAUAGUAUGACUAAACCUAAGGUCUACGUUACUGGGGUAGGCAUGACCCCAUUCAUCAAACCUGGAAGGAAAGAUAUAGACUAUGUCGAUCUAGGGGUAUUGGCUAUACAAAGAGCCCUCAGAGACGCUGGGAUAUCUGGUCAAGAUAUCGAUGCGGCAUAUGCUGGAUACGUGUAUGGUGAUAGUACAUGUGGUCAACGAGUCAUCUAUCAAGCCAUUGGCUGUACCGGUAUACCUGUUGUGAAUGUAAACAACAACUGCAGUACUGGGGCAUCGGCUAUGUAUCUAGGGCGUCAGGCCAUCCUGGCCGGCAUGGCCGAUGUAUGCCUAGUCGUGGGGUUUGAGAAGAUGGAGAAGGGCAGCCUUAGUGCUAAAUACACGGAUAGAACGGACCCUCUUGAUCGCCAUAUGGUAGAGAUGGCAUCUAUGCGUGGUUUCGCAGCAGCACCAGGGCCUCCACAACUCUUCGGCAAUGCUGGUAUCGAACAUAUGGAGAAGUACGGUACAACAGAGAGACAACUGGCAUGCAUAGCUAGCAAGAAUCACAACCACUCUGUCAACAAUCCCUAUAGUCAAUUCUGUGAUCAUUACACAGUUGAACAGAUACUGGCCUCCCCGAAGGUCUUUGGGCCUCUCACUAAGCUACAAUGCUGCCCUACCUCUGACGGCGCUGCUGCUUGUGUGCUGAUGAGCGAUAAUGCGGUUAGGAAAUACGGGUUAAUCGAUCAGUCCGUGGAAGUAUUGGGUAUGUCUAUGGUAACCGAUACACCAGCUACCUUUACUACCAAGAGCUGUAUGGAUGUAGUCGGCAGAGACAUGACGAGGAAGGCCAUAGCAGGGUUGUUGGAUCAAACUAACCUCAGGAUGAAAGACUUCCAGGUUGUGGAGCUCCACGACUGCUUCUCUGCCAAUGAGCUGAUCACGACAGAGGCCCUUGGCCUCUGCAAAGAGGGACAGGCAGGUCCUCUGAACGAGCAAGGCAAAUUCACCUACGGCAGGGACAACAU